AUGGCAGACUUUGUGCCCAAAACCAAAGAAGACGAAGAAAAUGAGCUCCAGAGGUACAAAGACCUCGUUUCAAGCUUUCCAAAAGAGGAAGGUUGGGGAUUUGAGAAGUAUAUCUGCCAGUACCAAGGCUUCUGGUAUGUAGAUAAACAUUGCCAAGCAGUUCUUGCAGUCCAAGACCACUUCAAGGCUCGUUCUAGUGAUAUAAUCCUUGCAACCAACCCUAAAUCAGGUGCUACAUGGAUCAAAGCCCUUGUCUUUGCCACUGUUAACCGCAGUAACUACUCCAUUGACAACCAUCCCUUACUCUCCCAGAACUCCCAUUUUCUGGUUCCAUUUCUAGAGAUAAGCCCUUACCAAAACCAAAUCCCUGACCUUGAAAUCCUUCCCUCUCCCAGGCUCUUUGCAACUCACAUAUCUUACAAUUCCCUACCACAAAGCAUGAUCGAUUCCAGCUGCCGGAUAGUCUAUCUUUGCCGGAACCCAAAAGAUGUGUUUGUGUCAAUGUGGCAUUUUAUGAACAAGAUGAGAGAAAGGCUCUCAAAGCCACCUUUAGAUGUCAUGAAAGUAUUUGAGAGGUUCUGCAAUGGGGUUACCCAUUUUGGACCUUUCUGGGAUCAUGUGUUGGGGUACUGGAAAGCUAGCUUGGAAAGGCCUCAACAUGUGUUGUUCAUCAAGUAUGAAGAUUUCAAAGCAGACCCAGGUUUUCAUUUGAAAAGGCUAGCUCAGUUUAUGGGAUACCCUUUUUCCUAUGAAGAAGAAAAGGAAGGGUUGGUUGAUGAGAUCUUGAGGUUGUGUAGCUUUGAGAAUAUGAGUAGUCUUGAGGUGAACAAGACUGGAGAAGCCCCAAUGGGUGCUUUUAAAAAUGAAGCUUUCUUUAGGAAAGGUAAGGUUGGAGACUGGGAAAAUUAUUUGACAUCUGUGAUGAUUGAACGGUUGGACCAGAUCACAGAAGAGAAGUUCCAUGGUUAUGGCCUCAAGCUUUGA